GAUAGAGGUUAGGAGGAGCAGACACAACACCAUGAACAGAGACAAUGGCCUUGUUCGAGUUGAGCAGCGCCUCACCUGGAAAGCAGACGAGAGCAGACGUACGCAGCAGGGGGAGUGGCUGAAAGCCGGCGUUUAAGUCGGAUAGAUUUCCCUACAUGUGAAGCUCGCGGGUGAUGAUGGAUGAAGAUAUCGCGUUAGAGUUCAUACUUGUUUAAUUAUUUAUUUUAAUUGUGGUGCCUGUCAGCAACCAAAACACAUCCCCACGUGCUUGUGGAUAUCAUAUACUGUAUAUGGAGACCUGACUGUAAUAAGUAAAGGUUAUCAGCUGUAGGUUUAGUGUGCUCAUAGGAAACGUGGCAAAAGAACACAAAACACAUUUCUCUUUAUGGCCUAUAUUGUUGUCAUCAUCAACGUUACAUGAUUUAAAAAAUACUUGUGACCAACUAACAUUUUGCAUUCAACCACUGGAUGUUUGGAUCAAAAUGUGAACCAAUCAGAACUUAGAUCAGGUGAAGCCAGGCGUUUCCCGUCAUGCCCUAGAUCUACGUAGGUAUGACGUCAGAGCAAGUCGGCGUCAAGUCGGACACAAAUCUAACCGGCAAGCCCUGUGUGCCGAUCACCAUGAUCUAAUCUGCGCAGAACUGGCUCAUCUCGAACACGGCCAAUGUUGGAUCACACAUGGGACGGUGUUUUCAGCAUGAAGGAUGUAGGUAGCAGGGUGCGACAUCGUCCUCAGCUGCCCGCACAUAAACGGAAGUGGUGCCAUGAACAGUUGGCGGCUCUGACGUAGGCAGAAGUUUCAGCUGAAACAUGUCAGCCAAAGGUAAAAAACAUCAAAUUACUGCUCUGUGUUAAAUAAGAAAUAAGAAAAUGAUUAUGGAUAAAUACACAGAACGAACAUUGAGAAGAGUUUUAAGUAAUUAUUGCUAAUAUUAGCUGUCAUCCACCUUCCCUAGGUCUUAGAAUUCUCUGCACAAAUAAGGAGAGAGAGACAACCUUGCCUUUUAAGUUUCAAUCAUCUCAACCAUUUAUUCAGGCUCGUAUACGUUAGGAAGAUUCUCCUCACCUCCCCGUUCCGUAGAGAAUCUGACAAGAUUUUAUUCUCUCUCUCCUGCGAAGUCAGAUCUGACUUGCCCACGACCCUGAAGGCCAUCAAACCUUGCUCUCUCACAGUUUCCCUGGCAUCCAACAAUCUUUUGCUAGCUUACCUUACAGACCCACAUUUGGAGUCAACCUUGAGCCCACCUGAUUCUGGUCUUAUCUAGCUUGAGCCUGCACUGACCACCGUCACACUUUGUACCUCAUCAGAAUCUUGAAACUCAUAUAAGCAUGCAUGGAUCAUAUGUAGCUGGAAAUACAUCCAAAAGCCCAUCAUAUGAGAAUCACUUUAAAUGAAUAUAAGCAUGACUACAUCUAAGUUUAGGAUAUACGUGUGAUUAAUUACUUUAUAUUUACUCCACCGGAACAAGGGCAGAUAAUCUACCUACCUAAAGCAUAACUGUUCCCUAUUCCUAGAGAUCUGAACUUUAGCUGGGAGUGACUUCAGGUCCAAUCUAAUUGUUGUUCUCACUGGGACCUCCAUCCUAUAGGCAUGUCAUGAUGUGGUGGAGAGGGAGCCAUAUUUCCAUCUCUGUCUGUCAGAAGCCUGUGGAUGUGCUCCAAAGCUGUCCUGUCAUUGCACCAUACUCACUGCCUAUGCUUGGCACUGUGCUCAGGAGGGUAUCAUGCUCCACUGGCGCAAUCAAACAUUCUGCUCUGUUCAAUGCUCUGGAGGUCAGGUGUACCAGGAGUGUGGACAUACUUGUGGGGGAUUUUGCUCAGAGCUGCAACAAGGCUGGAGUUGUGAUGAUGCUGGUGGGAUGGAUGGUAAAACUUCUUGUGUUCCAGGCUGCCAAUGCAAAGCAGGACUUUUGCAGGACCACCAAGGUCAAUGCGUGCCUAAGUCUUUGUGCCCUUGUGUACAAGGAGAUGAGAUGUACUAUCCUGGAGAUACAGUUCAAAGCAACUGCAACAAGUGUGUGUGUGAGCAGGGACGUUUUAGUUGCACCCAGGACCGCUGUGAGGAAGUGCAACAAUGUCCCUACUCUCUGGUCUACGCCCCACGUUCAUGCCUUUUUACCUGUUCCAGCCCAGAGCCUCCAGAAGCUGCAGCAUCAAGCUGCAGAGAGCCAUUGUUUGGUUGUGUCUGCCCUAAAGGAACUGUCUUACUUGUUGAUCGCUGCAUUCCUCCAGACGAGUGCCCAUGUCACCAUAAUGGUCGAGUUUAUUACAGAAAUGAAACCAUCACUAAAGACUGCAACACAUGUGUGUGUAAAGAGCGUCGCUGGCAUUGCACCCAGUCUCUCUGUGCUGGAUUAUGUGUUGCAACCGGUGAUCCUCAUUAUGUGACAUUUGACGGUCGCACUUAUUCUUUCCUGGGUGACUGCCAGUAUGUGCUGGUAAGGGAGACCAGUGGGUUGUUCAGUGUUACAGCUGAGAAUGUGCCUUGUGGGAGUACUGGUGUCACCUGUACCAAGUCAGUCACUGUCAACCUUGGAAACACUGUCAUACACCUGCUGAGAGGUAAAGCAGUGACAGUAAAUGGAAUGCCAGUCGCACUACCAAAGACCUACAGUGGCAGUGGUCUAACUAUGGAAAAAAUGGGCCUAUUUGUCUCCCUUUCUUCCCAACUUGGAGUCACUGUGCUUUGGGAUGGAGGUAUGCGUGUGUACGUGCGUUUGGUGGCCCACCUGAGAGGCCGAGUUGGAGGCUUGUGUGGUAAUUUUGACGGAAACUCUGAGAAUGACUUCACAACAAGACAGGGAAUAGAAGAAUCUACACCUGAGCUGUUUGGGAAUUCUUGGAAGGUCACCCUUUCCUGCCCUGAUGUGGAAAACCAGGACCUGAGAGAUCCCUGUGCUCUGAACGCUCACAGAGUGCUGUGGGCAAGGAAAAGGUGUGCUGUUCUGACUCAGGAGCUCUUCUCUCUGUGCCACGCUGAGGUGCCCUUCCAUCAGUUUUAUGACUGGUGUGUCUUUGAUGCUUGUGGGUGUGACUCCGGUGGGGACUGUGAGUGUCUCUGCACAGCUAUUGCAGCCUAUGCUGAAGAGUGCAACCGACGAGGAAUUUACAUCCGCUGGAGGUCCCAGGAGCUCUGUCCUCUACAGUGCGAAAAAGGACUAGUUUACAACCCCUGUGGCCCAGCCUGUGCUUUGUUGUGUCCAAGUGUUGGACACAGUCCAUACUCUCAGUGCGGUGUGCUUUCCUGUGUGGAGGGCUGUUUCUGCCCCGCUGGCACAGUCAGACACGGUGACGGCUGCAUACUGCCCUCUCAGUGUCCAUGUGAGUGGGAGGGCUCCUUGUUUCCACCUGGAACUACACUCACCAUACAUUGUCAGAACUGCUCUUGUGAAGAAGGUCUGUGGCGUUGUGAGGGUGUGACGUGCCCUCCCCCCCCACCUCCCUGUCUGGAGUCUGAGUUUACAUGUUCCAGUGGACGCUGCAUCCCAUCUCAGUGGGUUUGUGACAACCAGAACGACUGUGGUGAUGGGUCGGAUGAAAUCUGUCCUUCCACGUGCUCCCCAGACAGGUUCCGUUGUGCAAAUACGCCAAGUGGAGCGUGUUUGAACCUGGCUCUGCGUUGUGAUGGCCACCCAGACUGUGACGACCAGUCAGACGAGGACUUCUGUGGUCUUCCUCUGUGCCCUGCUGGAGAGUUCCAGUGUGUCAAUGGAAAGUGUGUAGCAGCCAGUCGUGUGUGUGAUGGACAGCUGGACUGUGGUUUUGCUGAUGGGUCUGAUGAGAAAGAUUGCGGUGUGGUGUGUAAUGAAGGGGAAUUCCUGUGUCCAAGAGGACAGUGUAUUCUCUACCUCCAUCGCUGUGAUGGCCACAAUGACUGUGGAGACCUAAGUGACGAGAGAGGGUGUGUGUGUGAACCCGGAAGCUUCCAAUGCCCAGAUGGUCAGUGUGUUCCUGCUGCCAGAGUGUGUGAUGGACACAGGGACUGUCCGACUGGAACCGAUGAAACUGCUUGUCCAACCUGUCGGGCCUACGAGUUUGUUUGUGGCAGUGGUGGGCAGUGUGUACCACAGGCAUGGCGUUGUGACGGGGAAACAGACUGUCUGGAUGGCAGCGAUGAGCAGCAGUGUGCUGGUUCCUGUGGUCCUGGCCAGGUGCUUUGUCAAAGUGGAGACCAGUGUGUGGAUUACCAGCAGCUCUGUGAUGGGACCCCACACUGCUUGGAUUCUUCAGAUGAAAGUAUCAACAACUGUGGUUCAUCUGAAAUACCUGCCUGUCCAGGCAGCUUCCCAUGUGACAACCACACCUGUGUGAACAUGUCACAUGUCUGUAAUGGCAUCCCGGACUGUCCACAAGGCGAUGAUGAGUUGGUGUGCGAUAAAAGCCCCGUUCAGCCCGGCAGCAGCAACAUCUCUACCACUUGCCCUGAGUUUACCUGUAUGGAUGGAUCCUGUGUACCCUUUAACUUGGUGUGUAAUGGUGUGGCAGACUGCUCAGACUCCUCACUAACAGCACUUGGAGGUCCUACCGAUGAGCAGAGUUGUAGAACGUGGAGCUCUUGGAGCCCUUGGAGCAGCUGCAGUAGCUCCUGUGGCACUGGUAUAAUGAGCCGGAGGAGGACCUGCCCUCCAGGCGACCUGCUCCAUCACUGUCCUGGUCAGGCCAACCAGAGGCAGCAGUGCUUCAACACAAACUGUCCUGAAGACAGUCAGUGGCUGCCAUGGGCGAGCUGGUCUAACUGUUCUAGUGGUUGUGGUGGUGUGACGAUGAGACACAGGAGCUGCACUCCUCCUCGCUAUGGAGGUCAAGAUUGUACCCAGCUCUCUGGAGCCUCCACUCAAAGCAAACCAUGUCCUAAUGACAGCUGCACUAAUACCAGUUGUCCCGCUGGCCUAGUGAGACAUGAUUGUACCCCCUGCCCUAUCUACUGUGCCCACAUCAGCAGUGGGACAACCUGUGAUCCCACCACACCCUGCUUCUCUGGAUGCUGGUGUCCAGAGGGCCAAGUGAUGAGCCACACAGAACAAUGUGUGUUACCAGAAAUGUGUAUGUGUGAAGUGGCAGGUGUGUGGUACUGGCCUAGCCAGCAAAUAAAAGUGGAUUGUGAGAUUUGUGUUUGUGAGAGAGGAAGACCCCAGAAGUGUCGGGCCAAUAUGGACUGCUCAGUACACUGUGGUUGGUCCUCAUGGUCUGAAUGGGGGGAGUGUUUGGGAUCAUGUGGUGUCCAGAGUGUCCAAUGGUCAUUUCGCAGUCCCAAUAAUCCCACCAAGCAUGGAGAUGGAAGAGCAUGUAGAGGGAUUUACAGGAAAGCCCGUCGGUGUCAGACAGACCCAUGUGAGCAGUGUACCCAUCAGGGUCAGUACCAUGCAGUUGGAGAAAGAUGGGGAGCAGAUCAGUGCCAGUUGUGCUACUGUCAUCCUAAUGUCACCGUGCAGUGUGCCCCAUAUUGCCAGUAUGAUGUCACUGGAUGCCCUCAGGAUCUGGAGCUUGUCCCUGCAGUGGGAGAAAGGUGUUGCUACUGCCAAGGAGGAAACAACACCUUACCUACAACACUGAGACCUGUCACUCAGACAUCCCCACCAGCAGCUGGACCGAUGAUUCCAACAUACCCACUCCCACUUGCAGAUGAAUGUUGGGUUCCUCUGGGCAUCCAGACACUUCCAGCUUCCAGCUUCAAGGCCUCAUCUCAUCAGAAAGGCCAUCCUCCUGAAGCAGCUCGUCUCCAUAGGUGGGAUCCUCUUCAGGACCUCCAGGGCUGGAGCCCAGAACCAGAGGAGUAUAAAGACCUGCCACAGCGAAGCCCGGAGGGACACGCCGGCCACACAAAAAGCCCUUACAUACAAAUAGACCUGCUGAAAGCAUACAACAUCACUGGUGUGCUGACCCAGGGUGGGGGCAUGUUCGGCACAUUUGUGUCAAGCUUCUACCUCCAGUUUAGUCAGGAUGGGGAACGGUGGUCCAGCUACAAGGAGCUCGUGUCUGAUGCACUACCCAGAACCAAGGUUUUUCAGGGUAACCACGAUGAUGGAGGUGUGGCAGAGAGCAGGCUGAACCGGAUGGUGUUGGCCCAGUUUGUUCGCCUGUUGCCUCAUGACUUCCAAAAUGGCAUCUAUCUGCGUCUUGAGGUCAUGGGAUGCGGCUAUGGUUGGUAGUCUUUAACACGUUUAAACAUUUAUGCACAAACCCAAUUCUCCUCUUCAUCUUCCCAUGGUCUGUCACCCCUGCCUCAUCUACAGCGCCCAGUCCGCCCAGGUGUCCUGCUGAUCACUUCUCCUGCCCACCACCAGGGAGCUGCAUUGAGACAGUCCAGCUCUGCGAUGGGGUUCCCGACUGUCCCAGAGGAGAGGAUGAAAAAGGAUGUC